UUUAUUGUUUAGCUUUAGUGUCCCUUUAAGCCCAAUGAAUCAGUCGGUCGGUCGGCUGUUUGCAUGUUCUGAGUUUGUGCCCAUAAAUCUCGUUCCCAUCUAUCUAUUUCCUCGUGACUACAGGCCAACAGAACAGUACGCGAAAAAUACAUUUUUUUUCUGCAAUAAUAAGAAGCGGCGUACGUCCGUUGUUCUUACCUGAGCUGCCCCUUUCACAGAGGGAUUUAUUGAAGCGUUCUCAUCGGCCACUCUUUUUUCUAAAACCGAGGGGUGCUCUACUGUCUAACGUCGUGGUGCAUGCUAAAAAAAAGAAGAAAGAACAAUGUACUCCGAUAAAGCUCCAUCGCUCCCUUUGAUGUCGGACUUCGUGGACCGUGCUUAUACUUCGCCCCAUUUGCCACCUUCGCCGGUUCUCUCUAAAGCGCGCGACAGGCGCCGACGCGUCAUUGCGUGCGACAGGCCGCAGUAACGUAGGGGACCGGACCGGCGCUGCAGCGGCAGUCCCGCUCCCCGGCUGGACACAGGCACAGCGCCGUUAUGCACAUUCGCUUUCCUUCUUUCUUUUUCUCAGUCUUCUUUUCCAAGGGUCCGUUCUCUUCGCUCUUUUAUAGCCAUGGGACCGAAGAGGGCGACUUGCGGUGGCACUUUUCAACGCGCACGCACGCACGAGCGCAAACGCACAGAGCGCUACGUUCGAGUGGGAAACGAAGGAAAGAGAAGCACAAAGUCGCUCAAAGGGAUGGCGGGGUGUGGGGCAGUAUUACGACCACUCUUCCUUUGUCGGCAUGCAUCUCUCAAAGGGAGAACCGAGCUGGCUCAGCUCUAUCAUAGCCUCCCCUCGGCGAUGUCGAAUGGAUUCUCCCGGGGCCUUCCCGGCGUGCGUCGCUCCGGCCGUGGCCGCUCGCGCGCGCUCUCCGCCGCUGAUGUCGGCGGCUCUGACUCGCCUCGGAGGAAAGUGCCCGCGCUGGUGUCGGCGACGAUCUGUCUUGUGCCGCGCGCUCUCGUCUGACACGGGCGAAGGCCAUGGCCGUGUUGUGUCUGCGUCGGGUGUUCGGACAAGCGUCCUAGCGCGCCGGCCGCCGUUAUCGUGCGUCGCGCCGCGCUGUCAAAGGCGGGAACGCGCGCGCGCGCGCGUCAGUGUUGCGUUGCGGAGUCGACUCGGAUAGCGCGUGAUCGCAGUGGUGUCGGUGUGUCGCGCGUCGUCCGGUCGUCCUAUAGGGCUGGUGGACGUGCCCACUGCAAAGGCGAACGCCCUCCGCUGUGACAGUUCUGCGGACCUUGAGGUCUCCUCGUCGCUGACACUUUCGUGUCAGCCCUGCGUCGUCCUCUCCGCAAUCAGAAAAGCGACAGACGAGCGAAAGGCCCGUGGCGAGAGCGGUCGGCGAAACGCCAUCUGGCACUGACCGAGGGUCGCCAUGGGCAACCACGUGAUCGUGACGUCGCGAACCUUGCUGUGGACCCUGCUGACGGUGGCCACCUCGCUGUCCAUGCUGGCGGCCGUCAUUACGCCCACCUGGCUGGUGGGCGCCCCCAAGCGGCCGCUCAUCCGGGGACGACUCUCCGGCGCCACCAUGCGGCCGCCGCAACUCUACAGGCCCUCCAUCGGCCUGUACAACAGGUGCGUGAAGCUGCACCAGAUCGACGAGCUGUUCACGGACAACUGCGCUCCGUUCGUGACGUCGCUGUCGAUGCCGUCGGACGAGUUCCCGAGUCCAUGGAAGGCGUCGCUGGCGUUCUUCGCCAUCGGGGCGUUCUUCGCCAUCGGCCUCGUGCUGAUGGCGAUGACCGUGCUGUCCGCCGUGCUCGGAUGCUGCGUCCAGAGCGUGCUCAAGAAGAGCAUCUUCACCGUUUCCGGCACCGUGCAGGCCGUCGCUGGAUUGAUGUUCCUGCUUGGGCUGCUGCUGUAUCCAGCUGGCUGGGGCACUCGGAGAGUGCACACAGUGUGCGGGCCACACUCGGAGCCCUUCAUGCUGGGAGGCUGCUCUUUAGGCUGGGCCUUCUACCUGGCCAUUGGCUCGACACUCGUCACAUUUGUCUGUUCGGUGCUGUCUGUCCAAGCCGAGGUUUCCACGUCGAGCGACAAAGUGCAGGACGAAAUCCUGGAAGGGAAAAACCUCAUCUGCUUGCUCUAGCUGCGCUGCCAGCACCAGUCCAUCCCAGUUGCACGUCCCCCUUGCCGCACUUACAGCUUUCGCUAGGAAUCUGUGAACGGACUGCACCGUCCCAUUUGUGGCCCACUAUCAUUUGCUGGUACCUACUCUGUUUGGAAGUGAAUGUUCCUGUUAUUUUUUUUUAGUGAAUGGCUGUGGAGCUCACAUAUUAAGUAGUCGCUUGUAAGCAUGUCAUAUCUGUCUUGUGACACUUUGACCGCCAUGACAAUGCUUUACAAACUAACAUUGCAGUCAACUCUAUCCAAAAGCCACGUUCUUAUUGUGCAGUUGGUAACCACUGUGCUUCCUGCCGUGCACACUUUGCCUUCAGGUGCGACCUCACAGCAGUGCAGAUAUCAAUGCCGUAAAUUCGCAGCCAAAGUCAAUAUAUGCAUAUAACCAAUGACCCCACUUGGCAGUCAAUAAAAAUUGAAUUUUCAGCGCAAAAAUACUGCAUAUGCCGUGCAGGUAGUAAUUUGGUGAAAACGCCAAAAACGCCACUGUGCAAAAUGCUGUUGUUUUUUCUCAUGCAGUGUAUUGAUUUAGUCAUUGAUUUCACCUUAUUUUGUGUGUGUGUGCUGCAACCGAGUAUUUUGUGGCCGUGGCAACUGAUAACUUACUGCGACGUGACGUUUUUUAAAAACUGUACUAGACUGUGUGUUUGGGAGUGCAUAUUUUGAUUUUGUCGUUAUCACUAGCUCUUCCUGUCACGAGAUGGGUUUUUCGUACCUGCUUUGGAUGUAUCAAUUAAAUUUUUUUGUAGCUAGCAACCAGAAGAUGUCACUGCGAUGCCUAUCUGCCUACGUUAGAUGUUUAAAAAAAAAGAAAAAGAAGUGGUAAUUGGAACCUUUGCACACUAUACAUGCACUGAACUUUGCAUUUCAUCUUCAGCAGCUAAUGUUACAAUGCAUAAUUUUUUUUUGUUAUCAACAUAAUGCCAAAAAGAAUGACUGCAGUAUGAGGACGUUGAUUAAUGUUCGUUGUGAUAGUUCUGUGUCGUCUAAACAUCCGCAGAGCAUUGUGGCUCUGACAAGUUGUUUGAUUGAAGCAAUCUUUUUACGUUAAUAGAACAUUUCCUGUGCUCCAGUUUACUAUGCGAGUGAACCCAAGGGUGCAGCAGCAUUACUCAUGUUUUAUGAAAAUGCUUUUAGCACCGACACACGAGAAAGUGCAAGAUCUUAUUAAGCAUUUUACGUGAUGAUUCUCACAAAAUGUGCGCAUUCAAAAAAUUGUUGACUCUGGUGUUUCUAAGUGCAAUCAAAUUGCUUUCAUGUGGACAUGGGAAGCACAUAUCAUAUAGAGACGUUCAUGUAAGCCUGUGCUGAUGGCGAUGAAGUAGCAAGGAAUGUUUUAAGUCCCGAAUGAAAGAGUGUAUGCAGCUUCUUGCUUUCUUAAGCACAUCUUCCCAGUCACUCAGGUCCUCCUUUCACGUUGACACUUUAAAAGUCUAACUGCGCGCAAGCUGUUUCAAACGUGGUCGUGAAGUGAUGCGAGUGCUUUGAGCGACUGCAGCAACAUUGUACAAGGUCUUCCAGAUCUAAGCUAUGAAGCAAACAGCUGUCAGCAUUGUGCCGAAGAACAAAUUUAUUACUAAUCUUGCAUCUUGUUCUGCACCUCGCACCUGUUGAAUGAGUGUUAGUUUUUAAUACACAUUGUUGAAAGAAAGAAAAAUGUAUAAUGGAUGACCACAUUCAAAUUGUCAAGGUCAGACUGUAAGUGCGUUGCAUGCAUAGGAGUGUGGCAAUGCCGCCUCAGAUUUGUUCCUGUACACCUUGACUUGCAUGUGAACAUCUGCGUACAUGUCAACGGUGUCUUUUAUAAGAGUACCGGCACAAGAUUUCUUUUGAUUUUUUUUCUUUCUCCGUAGCAACAUACAUUAGCCUUCGUCAACACAGUGAUAACGCUAAAUAGCCUGAAUUCCUCCUGCAGGCAAUAAAAAAUUUAUCAUCCUUUAGCACAACCAGUUCAAAACACGCACUGCGUGUUGCACAGUUGUGCAGCUUUGUGCCGUAGUGAUUGCAGUGGUGAUCGGAUGGCAUCGCAAACUACUGACGUACGCACCAGUCAGCCCAAUGAAGGGGUCACAGGCAAAAGUGUCUGACUGUGCCGCUGAGACCUCAGCUUUCUGAACCGUAUCCUUCUGUCAUCCUUCCCUUUCAUCUCGUUCAACACAUGUUGGCUCUUCGUGCAGGAUUAGAGGUCAGUCAUUAUGGUGUCACCAGAAGUCGAAAACAGCUCGAUGGUCAAAUAUUACUCGGAAUGGUUUAGAGCCCACUACAUUCUCCCAGAGCUCUUUAAUCACAUCAAUCGUGAAAGUCUUCAUGUUUCUUUCUCUUUUUUUUUUCACGCAGUUUUUCAUACAAGCUUCCAUGUAAUAAGACCUGGACGCCAUUACCAAAAGGCACUAGUGUCUACAAAUUGUUACAUCAACUGGCGACAUAAUAACUAACUAUAAAGCACCACUUCUCUCAACGUCACAACAAUAAAAAAGGCAGCAGGCCAAUGAGUACAUUGUAAGCAAAGCCAAAUAGAAAACAUUUACGAACUGCAGUUCUUUUUUUCUCCCAGCCAGACGUGCAAUUUUUAGCAGGUAGUAAAAGAUGACAUGCAGUGUUUCGUCUUUUUUUUUUUUUGUCACUUGUAUCUUCACAUUACAGAAAACUUCGCAAAACUUGCUUGGUCCCAUAGCCUGGCUGGCUAGUAAUGGGUCCAAUUGUUCAACACACCUACAUAAUUCGGCAAGCAGUUACCAUUUCAUCACGUGCCCGUGGCAUGUCAGUCAAAUAUCACCUAUGGCACAAAGCCAUGCUGCACUUCGAACCAGCUGCAGAAAACGGCAUAAUUAAUCAUUUGUUGCUGGAGCCAGAACUAAGGCGUCAUGCGAUGAUAGAGUGGUCAAUAUGGUUAACUCUGAAAGAAUAAAAAAGGAAGGAUUUUGGUCUCAAUAGCUUCUCUUUUCUUGAAGUAGAUGCUUUAGUUCUCACAUUUUCUAUUCGGAUACACUUCAAAAUACCUUUCUUAUAUCUGAUAUUUGUUAUAAGUGUACAUUCAUUGUACAUUGAUAAUGUCAAGAAACAUUCAUUUACUUUAUUAUAUGCAAUGAUUUGUUCUAUCCAUUUUCAUUUGCAUCGAGGUUUGGCUGUACAUACAAGCUUAAGAAAACGACGUCGUCAUAGGCCCUAGAACUUUUGUGCAAUCAUCUGCACAACUUCAGGACAUGCCAUGGCUGCUACCCAUUUGUUAAGGUAAAAAAAAACGAUUUCGAUGGAUUUGUUUGCGAGAAUGUGUGCUUGCCUUGCGCAAGUUCUUUACAUUGGUAGUAUUGCUUGGCACAAUUUGCCAGAGUACAGCACUGGUCCAAUAUCCUUUAAAUUUGCUGCAAGAGUGAUUAUGAAGUGUAUAAAUCAGUUAUUAAUGUGUGUUGAUAUUAAUACCGUAUUGACAGUAAAGGUUUGAUAAUGAUAAUGCAAGAAAACCAAUUAGGGGCACCAGUGUUGUAAGUCUCAUUAGCUAUUGACACCAAACUGAAACAUUUUAGCUGUUGUCUGUGGAGCUGCCCUCAUUCGUUAAGUACAGUCUUGGUCAAAAAACUUGAACCCGCUGUGAACGGCCAGGGAGCAGCUGCGCUCCACUAUCGCGACGCUGCCACCACCGGUGCGCACCGCCGCUCGCUUGCGUCGAGGAUAAAGAGGGCGAGGGAAGCAUGUCUCUUACUCUCAAACAUCAUUUGAUAACAGCGCUCGUGGAAAACUAGUGCGACGUUCGUUCUGCCAGCUGCGAGGUCGUCUUGCAGCCGCCAUGGUAUGGCGCUUCGUGCGAGUAAAUGCGCCCGCCUGGGCAAAACUGCCCGGCUUCCAUGCAGCGCAUUAUGCUAUAAAAAUUGUCAUCAUCGAAAUUACCUCUUACAAUUUCAUCCUACACAUUCAAAGGCAAGAGCCUUCACCUUAUACUUUUAGAUAAACAUCUUAAAUGUGUUUCUGAGUGCGAUGAAAACAAAAGAUAAAAAUACAAAUUGACAUCUCUCAAUGCUGUCUAGCGUUGUUCCAGGUGUUAUUGUAAUAUGCAGGCAUUUCAGUCAUCGUUCGUUUAGAAAAGAUCAGAAGCGGCAAUUUCGACUACAAAGGCUCCCUACGAAAGGGCCUGUAACCACAGUUAGAAUAUUUCAAAUACAUUGACCGCACUUCUCCACUAAGGAAUGACCACACGAGCGCGUUUGGCGUUGAAGUUCUUUAAUUACACCCACAGCGAGAUUAUGAAAACUUUUCAAGACUAGAAGUUGUUUGCCCUGCCUGAGUAGCCGAUUGAGUUAGACCCAUUCCCUCAGCAUUUUGGAAAGUGCCCACUUCCUCGCCUUUCUUGAUAUCUUCGUGCACACUGCCUCAUUAUCGUUAGGGCCCAUUUUCAAGCACACAUGAGGCCUGUGUAAGUUCAUCCCGUUUGCAUUGGGCAUCACACGUUUGAAUCGCGUAAAGUAGACUAGGGCCACAAGAUUAUAGAAUUCCCGCACAGUGAAGGCGUCACACCGCUGUCACAGGUUCACUGGAAGAAGUAUUUUGGAUAUAGUUUACUGAGGUAUCGUUCAGCUAUACGAGAAAGGGCUUCACAGGAAGUUUGAAAAAAUAUGGGUUAUACGUAGCGUCCUUUUAACCAGGGACCUUGGCUAGUUUACAGUAUAAUACAUGGGCAAGCUGCAAUUGUUCGGGACAACCACAGACCAAGCGACACUCGAUGCCUUGAAGGCAUGCACUCCCCCCAUGUGACUUCAUAGAGAGAUGCAGUUGCCACCCUGAAGCUUAUGCUUUCUUGAUUAACUUGCUACUUAUGGCAUUUAUGAUUGCAAAUACGAGAUGCCAUUGUGGCACAUUAUUUAAUAUAUCAUUCAGCUGCUGAAGUCAGAUCUUAGCUACGAUCCUCGCAAAGUGCCCAUUUUCGAGCAUGCGCGGGACUAUUCAUGGUGUUGUUCCUUAAAUUUGGUCCUGAAAAAUAUUAACUGAUGAUUAGGACACUCGGAAUUGCGAAAUUUCAGUGUAUCGCAUUUGACAGCAGUCGCCGGAGACCCCCACCCGCUCAUCCAGCAUACGCUGCAAACGGCAUACUAGCCGGUCGGUUGGCUUCCGCUUCACCACCGUCGCGUUUGCGCCACGCUCGUCGCCGCGCUCGCCGUACUAGUUUUUCACGAGCGCUGUUAUCAAACAGCGCUUGAGAGUAAAAGACUUGCUUCCCUCGCCCUCCUUAUCCUCGGCGCAAGCGAGCAGCGCCGCGAUAGCGAAGCGCAGCUGCUCCCCGGCUGUUUGCAGUGGGUUCAAGUUCUUUUACGAAGACUGUACAUGAACAAGACGUCCGGUUUCUUGUAGCAUGACUGAGCAUGUUUUCUGUUUGUGCCAGAAUCAUCUGCCUAGCGUAGAGCUACAGUACUAUGGUGUGCAACCUUACCACGGCAAGUUAUUAAUGCAUCACUAAACUUAAGUACCAUGCUGUAUCCAGUGUGGCCCUAUCGAUGCACAGCAAAAUAUUUUGCUUCUUUUUUUUUCUGGUCACUGUUCCCAUGCAGACACUACUCCCCUAGUCCUUUGCUACUCUGUGAACUUUGUCUACACCUUAAGGUCAGCAAAACUGCAUGCAACUUUCACAACAAAAAAAAAUGUACAGAUUCGUGCCAAAUGAAGGAAGUUGGCCGUGCAGUGUUUUUAUUUGAACCACGGAUGCCACUUGUAUGUGGCCUUGUCAUUCACUGCACAGAGCAACACCUAUCUGAGGGCGAGCUGUUUCAUCAUUCGUAUAGGUGCAUUCUCACAGGUGCAUGCGAAAAGAGAGACUACUAUGAACAUCUUUGCAUAUUCAGAAAGAUGACCAAAGGGAGCUUCAGAAGCCUUCCAAGCAGAUAAAAUAUGAGUGCCUGUUGCUCCAUAUCUUUCUUGAAUUUUGAGACGUUAAGUCAAAACCAAGAUCGCUACACAUCGUCGCUUAGCGAUUGCAGCAAUGAAAAAUAUAAAAGAAAGGAAGCUUGAAUGUGGCAUAAAAUCAUGUACUGUUCAAACAAGCUGCAGAUUCCCACAUACCUUUGCAAGUUGGAGCGUUGUUUGUCACCUGUUUGAUGAAUGCCGCAAGCUUUUCGUGCUCGCUUGUCUGAUGACAAAACUGUUGUAUUUUGAAUAUAAAAUAUGUACAAAAAGAAAA